CCCUCCCCCCGGAGCUAUAAAGCCGCCCGGUGGCCCCCGCAGCGCGCUCACCUCCCUCGCUCUCUGUGCGCCCGGACGCCCAGACCAGGUCUGCGCGCAUCUCUCGGUGGGCAGAUUCCUGGGCGAGAUGGAGUGGGUGUGGGCGCUCGUGCUGCUGGCGGCGCUGGGCAGCACCCGGGCGGAGCGCAACUGCCGGGUGAGCAGCUUCCGAGUCAAGGAGAACUUCGACAAGGCUCGAUUCUCUGGGACUUGGUAUGCAAUGGCCAAGAAGGACCCCGAGGGCCUCUUUCUUCAGGACAACAUCAUCGCUGAGUUCUCAGUGGACGAGAGCGGCCAGAUGAGCGCCACCGCCAAGGGCCGAGUUCGUCUUUUGAACAACUGGGACGUGUGCGCAGACAUGGUGGGCACUUUCACGGACACCGAGGACCCUGCCAAGUUCAAGAUGAAGUACUGGGGUGUAGCGUCCUUUCUCCAGAAAGGAAACGAUGACCACUGGAUCAUCGACACGGACUAUGACACCUAUGCUGUGCAGUACUCCUGCCGCCUCCUGAACCUCGACGGCACCUGUGCUGACAGCUACUCCUUCGUGUUUGCCCGCAACCCCAAUGGCCUGCCCCCUGAAGUGCAGAGAAUCAUAAGGCGGAGGCAGGAGGAGCUAUGCCUGGCCAGGCAGUACAGGCUGAUUGUGCACAAUGGUUACUGUGACCGCAAUUCAGAAAGAAACCUUUUGUAGCAGUAUCGAAGAUGUCAAGUUUCAUUUGAAAACUUCCCACUAACUCUCACUCAGCCUUCAAGUCUAUUUAUCUUAGUUUAGUUUGACCCUCAGGAAACAUAAAACCUUCAGUACACAUAAAAAUAUAUGUGGGAAUAAGUGAAUCUGUUUGCAGUCAGAUAUAUGUCUUACUGGGGUUUCCUAAGGAAUCAUUUGAGGCUUAGGAUUCCAGACUUUGAUUCAUUAAAGUAUAGUCACCUGUUUCCUAUGA